GUCCAAACGACAAGGUGCGGCCAUGGGAGCCUGCCACGUGACCUCGAAAGCCCACACGCCCUUUCCCGAGGCGCCCAGCGACGGGUGGCAAGCCGUCGAGCCGGAGGCGGAGCACGAACAGGACAUCGGCAUUGAGAAAGUCGGCGACAGUUUGCCAUUCGCCGUCACCUCGUCGGCUGGAAAGGCACUGGCCGAGAGUGACAGCGGCGCACCGGCUGACGAGAGGAGCUUCCUCCAGAAGAUGGCCGAUUACGUUGUCUCUUCUCGGGCCAAGCUGCUCUCGCCCGAGGAGCAAUUCCAAGCGAGUGCCGAGGUGGAUGCGUCCGACGCCGCGCUGGCCACCGCGGACGCGCCGCCCGAGACCGAGAACACCUCAAUCCAGAAGGGUCCUAUACCCGGGGAGCCCGAGGCGGCGGCUGAGGUGGAGCCAGAGCCGAUCUGGCGCACCAAGAUUUGGUCGUCCGAGAUGAUGAUUGACGAGGCCAUGGGCGCGCCGGCCAAGGCGGCUGAGCCGGAGCAAGAGCCGGAGCCGUCCUUCAUGGCGAAUCUGAUGAACUACCUCUCGCCACACAAGGCGACUGCGCCGGACGAGAGGUUCCUCAUUCAGAGGGUGGUGGAUUUUGCCAUGGUCUGACCAGCCACGUCUAGAACUAGGUUCUUCCAGUCAUGUGUCAGCUCCGUUACACGACGCAGGCGAGGCACGAACGCAGGUGAGGCCUAAUGUAAUUCCCUCUGACGCACCGAGACAGUCAGACAGACAAAACCCAAGAACCCAUGCCGUUUACUUUGUGUACGUUCAGACUGGACAGUCACAGAUG